AUGUCGCGGAAAGCUGUAGACUCGCGCAUUCCUACUCUAAUUCGAAAUGGCCUCGCCGAGCAUAAGCGAAGCUUCUUCGUCGUCGUUGGCGAUCAUUCCAAAGAUGCCAUUGUCAAACUCCACUUCAUAAUGUCCCAAGCGGACUUGCGACAAAACAAAUCUGUGCUUUGGGCCUAUAAGAACAAGCUCCUCGGCUUUACCAGUCACCGGAAGAAGCGAGAAAAUAAGAUCAAGAAGGAAAUCAAGCGCGGCAUCAGAGAUGCAAACACUGAAGAUCCGUUUGAGCUCUUCGUUUCGCUUCAUGACGUCAGAUAUGUUUACUAUAAGGAGACUGAAAAGAUCUUAGGUAGGACAUUUGGCAUGUGCAUCCUCCAAGAUUUUGAGGCCCUCACCCCGAAUACUUUGGCGCGCACUAUCGAGACUGUCGAGGGAGGAGGCUUGGUCAUCCUACUAUUGAAAGGAAUGGAUAGUUUGAGGCAACUGUACACCCUUUCAAUGGAUGUACAUUCGCGAUACCGAACCGAAGCCCAUCACGAUGUCAUUGCGAGGUUCAACGAACGCUUUCUGCUUUCCCUGGGCCGAUGCGAGUCUUGCCUUGUUAUUGACGACGAAUUAAACGUCUUGCCGAUAUCUGGGGGAAGGGGGGUUAAACCUUUGCCACCUGUGGAAGAGUCAAAGUCCCCUGAGGAAUUAGAGCUAGAGAAAAUCAAGGAUUCGCUCCAAGACACACAGCCAAUAGGAUCCCUAGUCAAACUUGCGCGGACAAAAGAUCAGGCAGAGGCUUUGAUUACAUUCGUUGAUGCUAUAUCCGCCAAAACGCUUCGCAAUACUGUAUCCUUAACGGCGGCUCGUGGUCGUGGUAAAUCGGCUGCAUUGGGUGUCGCUAUCGCGGCCGCUGUAUCUUACGGCUACAGCAACAUAUUCGUCACAUCUCCUUCUCCAGAAAAUUUAGGUACCCUAUUCGAAUUCGUAUUUAAAGCGUUUGAUGCCUUGAAUUAUCAGGACCAUACAGAUUACUCUAUCAUUCAGUCCACAAAUCCAGAUUUCAAAAAGGCGAUUGUUAGGGUCAAUAUUUUCCGCAACCACCGACAGACUAUCCAAUACAUCCGACCUCAAGAUGCCCAUGUACUCGGGCAGGCUGAACUUGUCAUCAUCGAUGAAGCUGCGGCGAUUCCACUACCGUUGGUGCGAAAGCUCCUUGGACCUUACACAGUCUUCAUGGCCUCAACAAUAAGCGGUUAUGAAGGUACUGGGCGUUCGCUAUCACUAAAACUCGUCAAGCAACUAAAAGAGCAGGCUGCGACUAGCGUAGCCCAGGAUGGCGAUUCCCGGGGCCUAAGGUCUCUUAAGGAAGUCACUCUUGCCGAACCGAUUCGUUAUGCGAAGGGUGAUGCAGUUGAAAAGUGGUUGAACGCUCUUCUCUGCUUAGAUGUCACGCCCUCAAAGCCCAAAAAUAACAUAUUCCCCGAUCCAUCUCAAUGCCAACUCCUCCACGUUAACCGCGAUACCCUAUUCUCCUUCCACCCAGUACCGGAAAGGUUUCUACGACAAAUGGUGGCCCUUUUCGUGACCAGCCACUAUAAGAACACCCCAGACGAUAUGCAACUCAUGAGCGAUGCUCCAGCGCACGAGCUUUUCGUUUUAACUUCCUCUACUAUUCAAGACAACGGAUUACCUGAGCCUUUGUGUGUAAUUCAGAUAGCGCUUGAAGGUAAUAUCAGCAAACAAAGUGUAAUGGCAGGCUUGGAUAGGGGUCAGCGACCUGCCGGUGAUUUGAUUCCUUGGCUAGUCAGCCAACAGUUCCAAGACGACUUUGCUUCUCUAUCCGGUGCGCGCAUAGUUCGGAUAGCAACUCAUCCAGAUUGCGUUUCAAUGGGUUACGGCACGAAAGCUCUCGAGCUCCUAAUUGACUACUAUGAAGGCAAAUUCAUAAACCUUGGAGAAGACGGCGAGGCCUCAGCCAAGGCGACUACCAACGCCGCGAAAGAUACCUCGAAAGAGGAUGGUGGUCUUCUUUAUGAAGAUAUUAAGGUUCGAGAUAUCGAAAAGAUGCAGCCCCUAUUCUUGAGACUAGCGGAACGCAAGCCAGAGGACCUCGAGUAUGUUGGUGUCAGCUACGGUUUAACUCAACCGCUCCAUAAGUUCUGGUCGCGCGCCCUCUUCGCGCCCGUGUACCUGCGACAAACAGCCAACGAUCUGACUGGCGAGCAUACUUGCGUGAUGCUUAGGCCACUAAAGGACGACCGAGAAUGGCUUGGGGCCUUCGCCUCUGAUUUCCACCGCCGCUUUCUCGCUCUAUUAUCCUAUAAAUUCCGAGAAUUCCCCUGCGUCCUCGCAUUGAGCAUAGACCAGUCUGCUACAGCUGGCGCUCAAUUGGUUCCGUCCAACCAACCACCUGAAUUGACCAAAUCGGAGCUAGAUAGAUUACUAACGCCUUUCGAUUGCAAACGAUUAGAAUCGUACACGAGGGGUGUACUAGACCACCACGCCAUUCUUGACCUCGUUCCUAAGCUCGCAGAUCUCUACUUCACAGGCCCCUUGAAGCCAAGCAUCAAGCUCACGGGUGUACAGCGAGCUCUAUUGCUAGGUAUUGGUUUGCAGCGGAAAGACGUGGGCGCCAUAUGCACAGAACUCUCUUUAGAGUCUUCUCAAGGCUUGGCUAUGUUCAUGAAAAUCAUACGGAAAAUCACGGCACAUUUCUCAUCGCUAAUUACAUCAGCCGUCGAGACGAAUAUGCCGAAAUCAGAUGCGAUCGGAGUCAGCAAAGAAAACGCUUCUGGAGUUCACGAAGACGAGGCCGUAAAUGACAAAUAUGCACCAUUAGAAAUGAGUUUGGACGCUGAGUUGGACGAAGCUGGUGAUGAGGCAUUGCAAGAAUUACGAGCGAAACAGAGGGAACUUAUAGAUUCUCUCCCUCUCGAUCAAUACGAGAUCGAAGGCGAUGCGCCCGGUUGGGAAGAAGCGGAGAAGCAGGUCUUAAAAGCGACAAAAGAGGGGCGCUCUAAUCCUGUCGUCAGCGUGAAGUCUAAACAGAGCAAGCGGAAAGCCGGCAUGACGGCGGCAGAGGUUUACGAGGAGGAAUUUGGGGAGAAGAAACCUAAAAAGGCUAAGAAGUCUAAGAAAGGCGGUGGUGACUAA